AGUGAUAAAAUGUCGUUUUUGAUCCGUGGAACGAUGAAUCGGGGUCUUUUUCGCUCACUGCGUAACAGCUUUCCUUUGGCUUCUUACUGCAGCAUACAGCAGUCGGUUCGAAAUUCAGAAACAAGGCGCAGUUUAGUCAGUUUCAAUUCGGCUUCGAGCAUCACGUUACACAAUCAAUCCAAUCUGCAGAUUGUUCGAUGGAAAUCUAAAAAAUCCAACCGGAAGGAACAGUCUCGCCAGCAAGAGGAGAAUGAAGAGGAAGACGAUGAUGAUGAAAAAUCAGAAGAUUUUGAAGACUUGGAAUUGGAUAAGCACGUGAGGCUGGUGAAGACGAGUGUAAAUUCCAUGCGGGCCGAUGUGUUACUAAAGGCAGGGCUGGGUAUAGCCAGAAAUAAAGUGGAAACCCUAUUCUACGAGAGCAAGAUACGCGUCAACGGUAAGAAAUUGCUGAAGAAAAGUUCAACCCUGGAGGUGGGAGAUGAGCUCGAUGUCGUUCGAGGCGUGAGUCCAACCAACGAGGAUCAUCUGAUAGUGUCACGAGUGGAAGUACUCGCUGCAAAUCCGAAGUCCGAAAGUAUCGGUGUUAGCCUUCGGCGCCAGAAAACGCUCAUCAUAGAGGACUACGACAAGGGGAAUUAGAUUACUAUCAUCUGAUGUUUGUUUAGAAUAAAACUUUAUCUUCUGUUGGUUUUCUGUAUUAUUUUUCUAAAU